CAGCCAUGUCAAGCUACUUUCGGCGCGAAAGGGACUGGCGAGAUGGUCCCAGCGGUCGCGAUGAACGCGAUGAGCGCGAUCGAUUAUCACGAGAUACGAGAAGCGGAGGCAGAAGUGAGCUUUCUUCGGCUGCAAAAGAAGGCCGUCCUGACCGAACACAUGGGCCUGACGCCUACGACUCUCGUCGCCGUCCUGCAUCACCUUCGGCCUCCUCCAGGGACGUAAUGGAUCGUGAUCAGAGUUGGAGGCACAGCGGCGGUGCUGGCUCCGGUAGCAGCAGGCACGGAUACGCUCGAUCCUCUGAUUACGAUCGAUAUGAUCGAGAUGCAUACAGCCGAGACAGACAUAGCGAGAAGAGGGCUCGCAGGGAAGGAAGGCUCGAUGAGGAUGACGACUGGAGGGGCAGCAAGCGGAGAAGAUCGCGCAGUCCUGGGUCACCACCGUGUGUCACCCUUCCGAACGGUCGAGGCCCUUCAUCGUUUCCCAGCGCCGGCGGGGAUGGCAGCCAUCGACAUCCACUGCCGCCCAAGCCGCAAGCUUCCCACCCCGAAAGCCUGCACUUGAGUCAUACCAGCUCUCCUACCCUUCCUGGUGGUAAGUCAGCUGAGACUGAAGAUGAGAAAAAGAAGCGCGAGAAGCGGGAACGUAUCGAAGCUUGGAAGAAGAAGCGAGAGGCAGAAAAGGCCGCAGAAGAGGCCAAACAGCGUGCACAGAAGGUCGCUAGUACCCUGACAUCAUCCCUGCCUAACAAGCCCGGCGCGACGUUAAUCAACGCCACCGCUCUCAAAGGCCUUGGUGCCAGGUCAGACUUUGCAAAAGGGAAGCUCAGCUCCACGACAAACUCUCUGGCCGACACUGCUGAUCUGCCGGAGAAGAAAGAGAUCAAGCGUUUUACGCUUCCUCCCAUGGACCCCCUGCUAAAGCCAGCUGCAGGCGGCAAGGUCGGGCCAAACCUCGAGUCGGUAGAUGACGAGGACGAGGACGAGGAUGAGGGGAUUCAGCCACUAUCUAUGGCGGGAAACAUGGAUACUGCGGAGGAUGACGAGGUGGACCCAUUGGAUGCAUUCAUGGCUGGCGUCUCUAACGAAGUCAAAGAGGUUAACGAGGCUGACCAGAAACGCCUUGGUGUCGCUGCUGGCAGCUCGAAGGAUCAGGGCAAAACAAAGCAGGACAGUACUGUCGUGGGUGAAGACGAGCUUUCCGCAGGGGAGGAUGCAGGUGAAGGACAAGAGGGAGAAGAUGAGCUGUCCAAGCUUUCCAAGAUGGAGGAUAUCAUCGCCGCUGCAGCCAAGUCUGUCAAGAAGCGCGGCCUACCGCAGACCGAUCAUUCGAGCGUAGACUACGAGCCGUACAGGAAAGCAUUCUAUCACCCUCCGGCAGAAAUUCAAGAGAUGACAAACGAGGAUGCAGAGUCGCUGCGCCUGCAGCUCGACGCCAUUGCCGUGCGCGGGAAAGACUGCCCGAAGCCGCUGACCAAGUGGAGUCACUGCGGACUACCGGCCAGCUGCCUGGAGAUCAUCAAGCGGCUCAAUUAUGAAAGACCAACACCGAUUCAGGCGCAGGCGAUUCCUGCCAUCAUGUCCGGUCGAGAUGUGAUCGGUGUCGCUAAGACCGGAUCGGGCAAGACAAUGGCAUUCCUCCUUCCCAUGUUCCGCCACAUCAAUGAUCAGCGUCCCGUCGAAACAAUGGAAGGGCCAGUGGGCUUGAUCAUGACUCCGACGCGUGAGCUGGCCAUUCAAAUCUAUCGCGAGAGCAAGCCCUUCCUGCGCGGUCUCGGCCUCAGAGCUGUCUGCGUCUAUGGCGGUGUGCCCAUCUCCGAGCAGAUUGCCGAGAUGAAGAAGACGGCCGAGAUUGUUGUCGCGACACCGGGGCGCAUGAUCGACCUGCUCACCGCCAACUCUGGCCGUGUGACCAACUUGCGACGUGUGACGUAUCUGGUCCUCGACGAGGCGGAUCGCAUGUUUGACAUGGGCUUCGAGCCGCAGGUCAUGAACAUUGUCAACAACAUCCGGCCAGAUCGGCAGACGGUCCUCUUUUCUGCUACAUUCCCAAAGCAGAUGGAAAGUCUGGCGCGCAAGGUGCUCAAGCACCGACCACUCGAGAUUACAGUCGGCGGAAAGAGCGUUGUCGCACCCGAGAUUGAGCAGAUCGUCGAAGUGCGCGAGCAGGAUACGAAGUUCCACCGUCUACUAGAGAUCCUGGGACAGACGUAUAACGACGAUGAAGACGCUCGCACACUAAUUUUCGUGGAUAGACAAGAAGCUGCUGAUGAUCUUUUGAGGGAACUCAUGCGUAAGGGAUACCCAACCAUGUCCAUCCAUGGCGGCAAGGACCAGGUCGACAGAGACUCGACAAUCGCAGACUUCAAGGCCGGUGUCGUCCCCAUCGUGACCGCCACGUCCAUCGCUGCCCGCGGUCUUGACGUCAAGCAGCUCAAGCUCGUCAUCAACUACGACGUACCCAACCAUCUUGAGGACUAUGUUCACCGAGCAGGGCGCACUGGGAGAGCAGGCAACAAAGGCACAUGUGUCACCUUCAUCACGCCUCAGCAAGAGCGAUAUGCAAAAGACAUCGUCAGUGCUCUCAUGGCGAGCAAAGUUGCAGUGCCCGAGGAUCUGCAAGCACUGGCAAACAAGUUUGCCGAGAAAGUCAAGUCGGGCAAAGCCCAGGUUGCCGGCUCUGGCUUUGGCGGGAAGGGUCUCGAGCGCCUCGAAAAUGACCGCGAAAAGGCACUGCGCGCUCAAAAGUCUGCGUUCGGCGAAGGAACUGGUGAAGACGAAAAGGACAAGGAAGACAAGGUUGGAAAAGAUGGAAGUGCAGCAAACGCCGAGGGUAAUGUCAGAGCGACAGCAUCUUCCAAAGAAACCGCUGCUGCGAAUGAAGAAUUCGAGAAGCUCAACGAAAUGACCAUCGAGGUCAAGAAAGGCCCUGCGCCCGACUUUGUCCGCGAUAACAAGGUCGCUGCCGCUUUGACCGAGUCGAGUAUCUCUCACACUGCGACACAGCAAGCCAGCAUGGAACGAGCGUUGGAAGCUGCCAAGACGAGCGGUGCAGACACAACCAAGCUUGCCCAAGCGCUCGCCAAAAUCCAGGCCAUGCAUGCUGAUAAGAAAUCACAAUUGCAAAAGGAGACGGAACGGCGCAGGGUGAAAGACCCUGAUGCCACCGACUUUCACGCUAUCAUCCCAAUUAAUGACUUCCCACAAAAGGCCAGGUGGCGCGCAACCAACAAGGAGACAAUGUCUAUGCUUAUCGAGAGCAGCGGAGCUUCAAUUACGAGCAAAGGUGCGUUUUAUGAGAAGGGGAAAGAACCACAGCCUGGCGAGCCUCCCAAGUUGCAAUUGCUUAUCGAGAGCAACGAUCCGGAGAGGAUCGAGCGAGCUGUACGCGACAUCAAGCUCAUCCUACUCGAGGCUACGCAAGCCGCACUGGAAGCUGAGCAGAAAGGUCCAUCGGGCCCUGGUCGUUACUCGGUGCUUUGAUUUCGCACAUACGUAGAAUACAACGUGUUGGUGUAAAUGCCAAUAGGGUCCAUUAUCGUCAUUGCAAUUCGAUCAUGCUCAGGCC